UCAACGAACCCCUUCCUUCACUCCCCACUCCCCAACUCCCAACUCCCUCACUCUCUCUAUCUCUUUCUCCUCCUUCUCCGCCGCCCCCGGCCGCCGUCACCACCAACUGACUCACCAAGUUACCAUCCUCCACCUCACCUUCACUGAGCCGCAAUUCGUCGAAACCUCUCCUUCACUCUCAAGUCAACGCACAUUCAAAAAUUCGAGAAAAUUCGGUCAUUGAAUAAUCCAAUCACUGAGCUUCAGCUUCAGAUUCCUAGGGUUCUUCUUUCGAAUCCAAUCCAGCAAAUCAGAGCGAUUCAACGAUUCGAAACCGAGUUGAGAAGUAGUGAGUUAGGUUAAUGGCGGACUCGGACAACGAGUCAGGAGGCGCGCAGAACGCCGGGAACAAUAACAGCGAGCUGUCGCCGCGGGAGCAGGACCGGUUCCUACCGAUCGCGAACGUGAGCAGGAUCAUGAAGAAGGCGCUACCGGCGAACGCGAAGAUCUCGAAGGACGCGAAGGAGACGGUGCAGGAGUGUGUUUCGGAGUUCAUCAGCUUCAUCACCGGCGAGGCCUCCGACAAGUGCCAGCGCGAGAAGCGGAAGACGAUCAACGGCGACGAUUUGCUUUGGGCGAUGACGACGCUAGGGUUCGAGGAGUACGUGGAGCCGCUCAAGAUUUAUCUGCAGAGGUUCAGGGAAAUGGAAGGUGAGAAGAGCGUUGCGGCGCGUGACAAGGACGCGGUUGCGGUCAACGCCGCAUACGAUUACGGAGGAGGUGGUAGUGGUGGCGCAAUGGGGAUGAUGAUGAACCAGGGACACGUGUACGGCUCUGGUGCGUUUCAUCAAGUGGCUGUGAGUGGUGGAGGUAGUGGUGGUCCUGUUAUGGGUAAGAGUGGUGGGCCCAAUUAUCCGGGUGCUGGAUCUAAUGCAGGUAGACCCAGAUAGAUGUCGUGGUCUUCUCUUUUGUGACGUGUUUGGACAUGCCUUUUUAAUUUUUAUAAUUUUUAAUAUUCCAUUUUUAAUCCGCAAGAACUUUUUUAAACUAAUGUAUUGUAUAGGGUAGGUAAUUUGGGAAUGGGGGACUUCGUAUUAAAAACUCUUGAAUUGAGUCGAAUUCUAUAUUACACCAAAAAUAAAAUAAUAAAAAUAUUUUAAUCAGUAUGAAUUGUAAGAGAGUGACACUCGUGAAGCCAAACAUGGCUUGAUGUUGUAAGUUGUAAGUUCUUUCUU